AUGCAAAAUAUAUUGAAUGACAUCAUGUAUUUGUGUUCCUCAUCACUCCCAAUUGUUUCUAAUUUUGAAAAGUCACUUAUUAUCACUCCAUUUGCAAGCUACUCAACACACCUUCCACACUCUCAAAUUGCCACUGCCGAAAAACACUAUUCUGACAUUAUUAAAUCGCAACAAGCAUUUGAUGCGGGUGUGUUGCAAUUGGAAUCAAUGCACGAGAACUUAAUGAACCUCCUCUCAUCAUUUAAAUCAACUUUGACUCGCAUCUCAAACGACCGCGUAACUGACAAAACCACAGUUUCUAAUUUUAUAAUUUCAAUCCACAAUAAUACCAUCGACACUAAACGAACUCCACUCGACGAACAAAUUAAAAGUCUCGAGACGGAAAAAGAAGAGAAAAUUGCAAAGUAUUCUCUUGAUAAAGAUGAGAAAGAGGAAUUCUCGUCAUCUCAAGACGAAGAUGACAAUUUUCCUUUGAUGGAAAAAACGUCCGUUGUGAACACGACUAUGCAAUGUUCCCAAACUUUGUGGGGUGCUGAUAUAAAACAUCCAAACACAAAAAAUGACGUUGCAGACAGAAUUAACCAAUCUAUUUAUGUACCAAACGCGUAUUUACCCAAAUCUUUAGAUUCAAAAGUAAAGGCAGUUAAUGAAUUGUUGUAUGGUAAUUCAUUUGAAAUGAGUCAGUCUUUAUCUUUAAAAAUGGAUAAUGAAGAAGAUGAAAACGAAGAAGAUGAAGAUGAGGAGGAAGGAAAUGAAUAUGAUGACGAAGAAGAAAACCAACAUAACUUGAUUGAGUAUGUUGGAUAA